GCCAUUUGACCUGAACCUCUACAAGUCUUUGUCGCCUGAAAACUUUCCUCCAACUCAAAUUCUAACAAUUCAGAAAUAUUAUAUCGCUUUGUCAUGGCGAACUUACCUGUCAUCGACCUGGACUUAUUCCUCUCUCAACCGCUGGAGUCUCAAGCUGUGCAGGAUGAGUGCAAAAAAGCUGCCGAUGCGUUGAUUACCUAUGGCGCUCUGUUGCUUAAAGAUCAGCGUGUCUCUGAGGAUGACAACGCUAAUUUUCUGGAUCUUCAAGAGGAUUACUUCGCCCAGCCGAUUUCCGAUUUGAAGAAGGAUGAACGCCCCGAGUUUAGCUACCAGGUCGGCGUCACCCUAGAGAACACAGAGAAGCCCAAGUGUGCAGUAGAUGAGCCGUGCCUGCGUGUCAUCGAGCGGUUGAGUCCGUCAGAGAGACCGCUUGAUAUCACAGCACAUCAGCCCGACCCCAAGUGUAGGUUCUUUUGGAAGAUGAGCGAGAAACCCCCGUACGAGACCAACUACCCGGGUCUGAAUGCUCCUAAUGUCGUCCCUGAUGACGAGGCUUUGAAGACUCGCUGGGCUCCCGUCAUGGGAGCCUGGGGCACUUCUAUGAAGAACGCUGUCCAAGGGUUAGCUCAAAUGGCUGCGAUGGGCAUGGGCUUAUCUCGUGAAACGUUCACAGAUGCGGCUAAAUAUGGACCGCAUCUUCUUGCGCCAACCGCGUCUGACCUUGUCAAGUACGGCGAGGUCAAUACUAUCCUCGCUGGAUUCCAUACAGACCUCAACUUCUUAACAAUUCAUGGUCGAUCUCGAUACCCUGGUUUGCAUAUUUGGGCUCGCAACACAGGGAAGCGUAUUGCAGUGAAAUUUCCUUCGACCGGUCGCUAUUUGCUCGUACAGGCGGGCAAGCAACUCGAGCAUCUCACAGGCGGUCUUGUCAAGGCUGGGUACCAUGAGGUCGUUGUGAACGAAUCAACAGUCGCUACCAUCGAGCGUCGCAAGAUUGAGAAUCCUGAUCGCCCUCUCAUUCGCAUCUCCUCCACGUUCUUUUUCCACCUCUCAUCGGAUUAUGAUUUGGCUCCUAUUCUUUCUCUUGCUAAGAAGGCUCAAGAUAUUCGUCUUGAUGGCCAGAACCUUGGAACCACGGACAGCGUGGAAGACACUGUCUACGAAACCAUGAAAGUUGGCCAACAGGUCCAGAACGAAUUGCGACAUAUCGCCUUGAUGGCAUGAACUAUCAGAAUCACCGUCGAAGUGAAAUGGGAACAAAGACGCCCUUGUUCUUGAUUGAUACCAGUCUAUGUUUUGUCCCUCAAUAUGUAUUGAUUCCAGGAUCUGGGUGGCUUCACAAACACUAAAAAUGCUUUGAGUAUGGGGCC